GGAUUGCACGCUGCUGCGGAAUCUCUGAGCCCUAGCGAUACUACCACUCCCCGACGCCUUUGCGGUCUACAAAGAGACUACACCUCCCCGAGGCCUCUGCGCCCCCGCGACCGGAAGCGGCGGGCGAGUCGAGUGUCCUUGCGCACGGAUCCGAGCGACCAUGGUGGCCCGCGUGUGGUCGCUGAUGAGGUUUCUCUUCAAAGCCAGCGUGGCUGGGGGCGCCGUCUACCUGGUGCACGACCAGGAGCUGCUGGGCCCCAGCGACAAGGGCGAGGCGGCCCUGCGGCGGGCGGAGGAGGUGGUUCCGCCGGCCUUGUACCAGUUCAGCCAGUACGUGUGCAAGCAGACGGGCCUGCAGAUCCCUCAGCUCCCAGCCCCACCAAAGAUUAACUUUCCCCUCCGGGAGUCCUGGAAUUCAGCAGGCAUCAUCAAAGUGAUGUCAGCCCUGUCGGUGGCCCCCACCAUGGCCCUGGAGUACUCCAAGGAGGGCUGGGAGUACGUGAAGGAGCGCACCACCAAGUAGCAGGUGAUACUAGGAAUUAAACCAAGGGCGCUUACCACCGAGGUACAACCCCAGAGCGUUCUUGAUUUGGACAAGGGAUGUUACCAGGUGGCCCAAGCUGGUCUCAACCUCACAAUCCUGCCUCGGCUUCCCAAGUAGCUGGGAUGACAGGUGUGCGCGCCGUGCCUCACUUUUUCUUUUGAAAGCAAAUGCCGCCCCCAGUGGAGCUGGGGACAGGACUCAGAGCACGGAACUUAGGGGACCGACCACACCCCUGCCCUUUACGUGUCCUGACGGAGCCUUCUCUAGUCCUGCCCGCCCUCUCCCGGCCAUGCUCUCCUUCCACUGUGCCCCUGGGAUUCCCAGAGACCGCAGGCUGGUACUGUAGCUUAGGGCUGCUCAGGGCCCCUGACACAAGUCCUGCCCCGCCAACCCUGUCACCCUUGCAGCCUGAUGCAUCCCUCACUGGGCUGUGAGCCCUGGGAAGGUGGUCUUGUCUGUGGUUCCUGCCCCCUGGCAGGUGGCAGGAGGUGGGUUUGGGAAAAGCGAGACACCUUCCCGGGAUGCCGCCCAGAAGCAGGGAGCAGGCCCAGGUAAUGGCACCAUCCUGGGCCUCUGACAUGUUACAGAUGAGGGAGCCGGGGCAGAGGCCUGGGCAGCUCGGCAGACGGCUGGCUCUGAACUCAGUUCCUCAGUGAAAGCCUGUGGGCAUCUAUAAGCCCCAGGGGAAUCCUGUGUCACCUGCGGCCAUCCCUCCAUCCUUGUCAUUUGUGGGGGUGGGAGCAGGUUUCCAGUAAGCACCCAAAGGAUCUUUGAGGAACAUAACCCACCCAUGCCCCACCCAGCCCACACCAGCCUAGCAGCCCUGGAAGGCGAUAGUUUGCUUGGUCAGACAUGGAGCCUGCUCGGGCUGGGCAUGGUGGCACACCUGUAAUCCCAGUACUCAGGGAGGCUGAGGCAGGAGAAUCCCAAGUUCAAGUUUUCAAGUGCUGCUCCCACUUAGACUGUGAGACCCUGUGUCAAAAUAAAAAAUACAAAGACCUGGGGUUAUAGCACUGGUAGUGUGCUCUGGGCUUGAUUCUCACAACUGCAAGCAAAACAAA